CGUUUUUUGUUAAGUUGCAACACAAAGAACAAACAAAAAAAGGAAAGAUUCUGUUUUUGUUUAUGUUGGUGUUCUAAAUUGCAACAAAAAGCUCCUGAAAGUAGUUGAGACUAUUGCAAAUGCAACCUACAUCGUCCGGAAGCGGCGGCGGCGGUGGUGAAGUGAACCGAGUUGGGUUGGCUAGGUUCAGGUCAGCACCGCCAACAUGGUUAGAAACACUACUUGAAGAAGAAGAAGCAGUAAUAGAAGAAGAAGAGGACCCAUUAAAGCCAAACCAAACGUUAACACAAUUAUUAGAAGCAAAUACUAGAAAUUUUCUGCCUUUUGUGGUUUCUGGUUCUGCGGUGGAACCGGGUGGUACUAGCAGUAGUAAUGAUUUGUAUGAUUUGGGUGGUGCGGGUGCUGGUUUACAAAGGCAAAAUAGUUCACCAGCUGAUUUUCUAGGGAGUUCAGGGAUUGGAAAUGAUGGGUAUUUUUCUACUAGCUUUGGAAUUGCACCAAAUUAUGAAUAUAGCUCACCAAAUAUGGAAAUUGCUUCUCCUUCUGGUAAAAUGGCUUUAGAUGUUCACUUGCAGCACUCUUCUCUCUUGAAAGCAGAGCAAAUUUGUCAAGUUCCUAUUAGCGGCGUAGGGAUGUCUAGUUUGAUGGAAAUGGAAAUGGAGAAGCUUUUGCAGGAUUCCGUUCCGUGUCGGAUUCGCGCCAAGCGAGGUUGUGCCACGCAUCCUAGGAGUAUUGCAGAGAGGGUUCGAAGAACUCGAAUUAGUGACCGAAUAAGGAAGCUUCAGGAACUGGUUCCUAACAUGGAUAAGCAAACGAACACUGCAGAUAUGUUAGAUGAGGCAGUGGAGUAUGUGAAGUUUCUUCAAAAGAAAAUUCAGGAACUCACGGAACAACAGAGGAAAUGCACAUGCUUGACCAGACAAUAAAUGGAAGAAGAUCAUAGUUUCUGCGACAUGUAGAUGAAAGCCUGUCGAAAGAGUUACAUAUAUCUUGAGUUCACGUCGGCAUACCUCAUCAACUUGGAAAAAUUCCUCCCUGAAGUUGACUUGGUAUGGCUGUAGCUGUAACAUAUUGUAUACUAUAAUAUAUUCUUCAAGGUAGUAGUAUUACUAUAGAUUAUGUAUUCAUUUUGUUUCAUCGUUAAGUUAUAUAUAUUACAAAUCUGUAUUCUGUUAAAAAAACUCUAUUUAUAUAUCAGGAAAGCAGACGCUAUUUUUGUCAAUAAUAGUUAUUUGGUCAAUGAUUCAAACAAA